AUGUCUAAGCUUUUCCUCCUACUCGCUGUCCUCUGCAUUUCGGGAGCGUUGACUUGUCGUUGCAAUCGACAUCAUCAUCACCAUCACAGCUCCUCCUCUUCAUCAAGCUCAUCGGAAUCGCAUGAAUGCGCCGAAUCAUCCACCGGUCUUCAGACGAUCUUUACCACAACACCAGUGCCAGAUGAGGAACCCUCAUCGUCCACCGCUUCCUCGUUGGCCCUUCCACCCACAACGACAUCCUUU